CUCUAAGAUUUCACCAGACUCACGUACACAGACAUCGGGCUAAUUGUUGCCAUGUCUAAUUCCCUGAAGGGACCCUGAGAUUCAAAUCCACAGCUAUACACCUUCGCAUCGUGCACUACAAGCCUCAAUGGCUACAUCUACCGACCGAAAGGUCUCCGUGAGCCGCCCUCGGCCAACCCCUUCACGAAUACAAGACCUUGCUGCGACGCCUGAAUCACCUCGUACACCUCUCCUCCGCUCGACUUCCUCCAUAUACGGGUCUCCAGGAGGCAGCUUUCGAUCCGAAGAGGAAUACAUAGUUCUUGAGCUGGGCUCCCGAUACUUGCGAGGUGGUUUCCCAGGGGAAAGUGCACCAAGAUGCACAUUGAACUUCGGCCCAGAUCAGCAGCGAAGAGUAGGAGACUAUCGGCAGUGGAACCCAGAGUAUGCCUCUAAGCGCAGGAAACGGAAACGAGGCGAAGAGUGGGGACGAGAGUACGAACUGUAUCGAAUGGACCUGAGGGAUGAGGAUUUGGGUUUGAUCGAGGACAAAUUUGAGAGAGCCAUGCGGGAGGCCCACAACAAAUACUUCUUGCUGGACCCCAAGCCACGUCGAGUGCUGCUUGCGCUGCCGCCUCUUAUGCCCCGUGAACUGCUGUCAACGUUUCUGUCAGUUCUAUUCACCAAUUUUCAGGCGCCAAGUGUUACGCUUUUGUCGUCGCCAAUACUGUCAGCCGUCGCUGCCGGCUUACGGUCGGCAUUGGUGAUAGAUAUGGGCUGGGCAGAAACUACAAUCACUGGCGUGUACGAGUUUCGGGAGGUACAUCAGCGCCGAAGCAUACGAGCGGGAAAGUAUUUAAGCGAAGAGAUGGCUAAAAUGCUCAACGAAGAGCUUGCUAAAAGGGGCAUUGCAACUCCUGGAGACGACAUUACUUUCGAAGAAGCAGAAGAAGUGCUCUCGCGAGUGGGCUGGUGCGACACGCUUGAUGAAAAGACCUCAAAUGGCGAGGAUGAGUUUGUAGAUGCCCCCGAAGAGCUACCCGAUCCAUCGAUUUCGAUUCCUUUUCCACUCGCAAUUCCUCCAACUACUCUCACCUUACCUUUCUCAGCACUCUCGUCACCCGCAGAGACGGCUAUAUUCGCUUCGGCCACCCCACUUCAUGACUUCGACGACCACGACCUCCCAUUGCACAUUCUCGCGUACCGUGCCCUUCUCUCACUUCCAAUAGACGUCCGCAAGGUCUGCAUGUCUCGCAUCAUCAUCACAGGAGGCGUGUCCAACCUCCCUGGUCUCAAGACCCGCCUCCUCAAGGAAGUCGACAAGCUUGUCCAGCAAAAGCGAUGGGACAACGUAAAAUCAUAUGGGUCGGCAAAUGAAAAGCACGAGCGUCUCAUUCGGGAGCGACAGCAACGGCUACAAGCACGUACAUCAGAUUCUACGAAAGUGGCCGACACUACAGACCCGGAUAUCGAGUCUACGCCCGUGCUUGCAGGCCUUGCGGAGCCGGAAACGGACCCUAUCGCAGACAAACUCGCUCAUCUAAAUAUGAAGAUGAUACCCACUGCAACUAACAUUGGGGGAGUGAUUCGAGGGGUCGAGUCACUGGGAGCUUGGGCUGGUGCAUCGCUCAUCGCUCAGAUGCGUGUGAAAGGAAUCGUCGAGAUUGAACGGGACAAAUUCUUGCAGCACGGGCUACAAGGGGCCAGUCGAGAGAAGGAAAUCAGUGUUGUUCCACAACGGCAGAGCAUGGGUCCUGGGAUGCGGCCUGGUGCAGGAGAUAGAGGAAGCUGGACGCUUGGUGUGUGGGCUUAACGAGAGAUGGAACUCGCCUAAGAUUCUGUGUUUCAUGAGCGGAUAGUUGUAGCUAGAUAUACCCCAUGGCUCCUGUACCACGACCUGUGAUCAACGGAGUGAUAGAAGUAAAUUCAGAUACUCGUUUGUGACUCUGAUACAAACAUUUGGUG